ACUCGCAUCCCACCGCCGCUUGACAUGGAGAUGCAAUGGCGCCACCGGAGCAAGCGUGGUGGAGCCAUCAAACAGGAGGGGGAGGACUGGCUGAGCAGGCUCCCCGACGACAUCCUCCACUCCAUCCUCCGUGGCCUCCCGCUCAAGCACGCCGCGCGCACCAGCGCCCUCUCGCGGCGCUGGGCGCGCACGUGGCUCCGCGCGCUCGCCUCCUCCCGGGCCCUCGACUUCACCGACCGCGACUUCGCACGCGGCCAGCAGGCGUCGUCGCGGGCCGCGGCCGCGGCCGCGGCCACGGUGAGCUGCUGCCUCCGGCUCCACGCCGAGCACGGCGCGCCGCUCGACGUGUUCCGCGUGGCGCUUAUGUCGCCGGCGCCGGGCACGUUCGAGCGGGACGUCGUCGCGUGGGUCGCGUCCGCCGUGGCGAGGGGCGCCAGGGAGGUGGAGGUGGACCUGACGCGGCCGCCGACAAAAGGGGGCGCCGUUGACGAAACCGCGGCGCUCGUUGAACUCCCCGGCGACCUGUUCGUGGCCACGAACUCGCUGGCGCGCCUCGCGCUCGGCGGGUUCAGCCUCCGCGCCGUCCCGGGCGGCGCGGCCGCCGGGCUCGCGGGUCUCCGCUCGCUCUCCCUCAGCCACGCCGACGUCGCAGACGAGGCGGUCCGGGACGUCGUGUCCAGCUGCCGGGCGCUCGAGCACCUCAGCCUGAGGAGCUGCGGCCUCCUCAGAUCGGUUAGGAUCGCCGGCGCCGCGACGCUGCGGGCCCUGGAGAUCGUGCGCUGCCCGGCCGUGCGGGAGCUCCGGGUCACCGCACCGGCGCUCGAGUCGUUCGCCUUCCACGGCGACACCGUCGGCGACACCGUCUACUGGGACGGCUACGGCGACCCCUAUUCUGCCGUCGACCUGGGCUCCACGCCGGCUCUGCGGGACGCGUACCUUUCUCACAUCGGCUUCGACGACGACGUGAACGCGUACCAGGAUCGCGAGUACGUCUACUCCAACUUCUUGAGCUGCGUCGCUCAUGCCCGGGCUCUGACGCUCUGCUCCGUCGGCUUGCUGCAUUUGUGGGCACAGCUAGGUUACGAUGAGGGUGUGGAAAUUGAUAUGACGAACAUACAAGAGCUGCAGCUGCUGCUGUCCUCGGAAGGUGAAGGUGACGACCUGCAGAGCUUCGCCUCUUUCUUCCAGAUCAACCCGCUUCCACUCCUGGACCGCUUGUUCGUCAACCUCCCCAGCGACACUACCGAUGCAAGCGACGCGGCGGCAGCACUGGCCGGCGAGGUCGUCGACGACUCAAGAAUGGUGAUUCCCUACAUCGACUUCGUCCUUGACCACCUGAGCUUCAUCAAGCUGGUGAAUUUCAGAGGGACGAGGUUCGAGCUGCAGCUGCUCGCCUUCCUCCUGAAGAGGGCCCCUGCCCUGGAGAAGCUGGUGCUGGUCACGGUGGGAGAAGAGGGACGAGCUCCGGUAGACGAGCACAUCAUCCAAGGCUGGGUGUCGGUGAUGCAGAAGGCGUCGCCAGAGGCUCAGCUCACCGUGUGCAGGUCGAGCGAAGAUCGCAGCCAAAAUCCUGUGCACACGAGGUUCUACCACGUACUCGAAGAGUAGUAAGCGCGCACCAUUUGAUCUCUCAACAUCUGCACUCCGUUGAGAGCAUUAGGUGGCGACAAUGCGAUGCUGGCAUCGUGGACAAUAAUGUCAUGCUGUACUUGCAGCUGUAGCUUCAAGAACUUUCACCUU